UACUAAAAAGGCCUAAAUGGGUGUUGGAUAUUCCUCUUGCAGCUCCCGCUCCCUCUCUUUUCCCAGUUCCACUUGCUCCUUCUCCUACUGCCCCACUACAUCCAACUCGAAAACUACUUGCACUUUCUCUGACAAAUCACAUUCAAAUCAUCUUCUUUUUAAGCCCACCUCUAAAUUCUUGCAAACCCAUAUCAGGAAACUAGCCCAAAAAACCAUUGGUAAAGCACCAUCUUCAGCUCCUUUCUUUUUGAGGUGUGGCAGAGUUGUUGAACCGAUGGAGACCCAAAAAGGAAAUGAUUUUCUACAAAAACCCAGUUUUGAUCCUCAUAGUAUUGACCAAGAAUUGGUUCAAAAGAUUGCUUAUGAUGCUCUUGUCUGGAGUUCACUUCAUGGCCUUGUUGUUGGUGACAGAAAUUCACAGAGAUCAGGAAAAGUGCCUGGUGUAGGAAUGGUUCAUGCCCCAAUUGCCUUGUUGCCUAUGUCAUUCCCUGAAAGUCAUUGGAAACAAGCUUGUGAAGUAGCUCCUAUUUUUAAUGAACUAGUUGAUCGUGUGAGUUUGGAUGGAAAUUUUUUGCAGGAGUCGCUAUCUAGGACAAAGAAAGUAGAUACAUUUACAUCCAGACUCUUGGACAUUCAUUCCAAGAUGUUAGAGAUCAAUAAGAAAGAGGACAUACGCUUGGGAUUGCAUCGCUCAGAUUACAUGUUAGAUGAACAAACCAAAUUACUUCUUCAGAUAGAGCUUAACACAAUUUCAUCAUCUUUUCCCGGGCUGAGUUGUCUUGUCAGUGAGCUUCACAGAUUGUUACUUCUUCAAUUUAGAGAACACCUGUUACUAGAUCCUGAAAGGGUUCCCAGAAAUAAUGCUGUAAAUGGAUUUGCUGAAGCUUUAGCCAAAGCUUGGACUGAAUAUAAUAACCCAAGGGCUGUAAUUAUGGUUGUGGUUCAACCUGAAGAACGCAACAUGUAUGACCAACAUUGGCUAUGUGCAGUACUCAAGGAACAAUAUCAAAUAACAACUAUUAGGAAGAGUUUAGCAGAAAUCGAUGCAACAGGAGAGCUUCAGGCAGAUGGAACACUUCUUGUAGGAGGUGAAGCGGUUGCAGUCGUCUAUUUCAGAGCUGGGUAUGCACCGACUGAUUAUCCUUCAGAGUUUGAAUGGAGAGCUAGGCUACUGAUGGAGCAAUCUUCUGCAAUCAAGUGCCCUUCUAUUGCCUAUCAUCUGGCAGGAACAAAGAAAAUCCAACAAGAACUUGCAAAGCCAGGUGUGCUUGAAGGGUUUCUCGAGAAUAAAGAUGACAUUUCCAAACUAAGGAGAUGCUUUGCUGGGCUGUGGAGUCUAGAUGACUUGCAAAUUAUCAAGGAUGCAAUUGAGAGACCUGGAUUAUAUGUGAUGAAACCACAAAGAGAAGGAGGAGGAAACAACAUCUACGGUGACGAUGUGAAGGAGACCCUACUGAGGUUGCACAUGACAGGUAACCAAGAAGAUGCAGCCUACAUCCUUAUGCAAAGAAUUUUCCCUGCUGUUUCUCCAGCCAUUCUUAUGCGAGAUGGUGUUUCUCAUAGAGAUCAAACCAUAUCAGAACUUGGAGUUUAUGGCGCUUAUUUGAGGAACAAAACAAAGGUGAUUAUGAAUGACAACUGCGGUUACUUGAUGCGCACAAAGGUCUCUUCCUCAAAUGAGGGUGGGGUUGCAGCCGGUUUUGCAGUUCUGGAUAGCAUAUAUUUGGUUUGAUUUAUGAUCUUCCCAAUUUUUCGUAUCGUAACUUCACUUACCAAACAUGUAUAGUUGCGAUCUAAUAAAGUCCGACCCUCUAGAGAGAUCUUGGUAUACUUCAGCUGCCAGUGAUUUAAUAUUGUACUAGCAUGUUCUGGUGUAUUGCUUUCGUUGAUUUAACUCAAACAUGAAGGCAAGGAGAAAGAUGAAGAUUCUGUUUAGCUUUAUGGCCAUCUUGCUUUCCGCUUGUCACACUUUCUCUCUGAUUGUUUAAGACAAAAGUCCCUUGCUUUUCAGUGAAGAUUCUAACCUUUUCUUCA